UUUAGGUUUUUCAGAGGACGAGCAAAGUUGAAGAGAAAGGCAAUGGGUUUUAUGAACCAUCAUGAUCAUCAGACAGCGAGUCAUGAAGGAAUAAAGACCGUUGGGGUGGUGGAUAAGCUGUGCGACUUCUCAAGCAACUCGGAUCUCUGCAUUUGCAUUGUCACUUGGAACAUGAAUGGACAGGUCUCUUACGAAGAUCUAGCAGAACUCGUCGGGAGCAGCCGAAAAUUUGAUCUUCUCGUUGUUGGGUUGCAGGAGGUUCCACGAGACAACAUUUUACAGCUAUUACAGGCGGCUCUAGCAGAAACCCACAUUGUGUUAGGGAAAGCAAUAAUGCAAUCUCUGCAGCUGUAUGUUUUUGGACCAAAGAACUCAGGCUCGUUAGUCAAAGAAUUGCAGGUAGAUAAGCAUUCCGUUGGAGGCUUUGGAGGAUUAAUUAGGAGAAAGAAAGGGGCCGUGGCUAUCCGCAUCAACUACAAAGGCAUCCGAAUGGAGUUCAUAUCAUGCCAUCUCUCUGCUCAUGCUAGUAAAGUAGAAGAGCGAAAUUGGCAGUGCAAACACAUAUCACACUCCCUCUUUUCCAAGAAUUGGAACCCUUAUGCCAAGCCUACUCAUAUCACUGUAUGGUUGGGAGAUCUUAAUUAUAGGAUACAGGGGAUCGAUACACAUCCAGCGCGAUAUUUAAUACAAAAAGAUCAUCACAGAAUGCUGACCAGGAAAGAUCAACUCUUACAAGAGGCUGAAAGAGGACGUAUCUUCAAUGGGUACUGCGAGGGGAGAUUGACAUUCAAACCGACAUAUAAAUAUGAUGUUGGAAGUAGCAAAUACGAUACUAGUUACAAGGUAAGAGUUCCAGCAUGGACAGAUCGAAUCUUGUUCAAGAUAGAAGACGUCGAGAAAAUCAACGCGACUCUACGUUCUUAUGAAUCAAUGGAUGGUAUAUACAGUUCGGAUCAUAAGCCAGUGAAAGCUCAUCUCUGUUUAAAACUUGAAAAAUUGUUACCACUGUAAAAAAAUUGUACACAAAUCUCUCUCUCUC